AAAAAUAUAAAAAGCUGUCAGCUGUACUCUUUCUUCUUUUUUCCUUAUGGAACCUCCUCUAAAGAUAACUGCAGCUAAAAGUUCUAUUACUGGCAUCGGGUGGAAAACGAGAUACAUUCCAAGUCUCAAAUCUCUUGUACUUAAGGUACAUACUCUCGUAACACAUACUUAUGCACUUUUGAAGUAUAUUUUCACGCAAGAACUUAAAAACAACAUGGAUUUUGCUUUACAGGACCUUGCCAAUGUUGAUUUCUUCAGAGAAGUCUUUAUUUCACUACUUGAUAGCUAUAAAUCGGAUAAAGCAAAACGAAAAGAAAAAGCAAGAAGCUCUUAUGUUCCAAUCAAACUGAAAUAUGCGCAACAAAUAGGAAGCUAUGAAGCUACGAAAAUCCACACUGCAUACAUGAAUAGCGUUGCUUUUCAUUUCGGGAACAGAUUGCGUAUGCUUUUGAACCUACUGUUAAAGAAGCAGGAAAGAAUUGGCGCUUUGAAAAGUGAAAUGAAAAAGAAAAAUUGCAUAGAAAGCGAAAUCUCUGCUGCGGUCAAAACCAUAGCAAGCCAGUGCACCAAAUUUUUUGAUUGCUACCCUUCUGACACUCACUUCAAGAAGAAUUCUAUUUAUUAUGAUUGUAAAGCGGAUCCAUCGAAGCAUUUGAAGGCAUUUUAUUAUCUGACGCGAUGUUCUGAAUCUCUCUACAAUAAGUCGUUCAACUGCUUUCCUCUGAGAAGAACAUUCAUACCUAGUUAUAUGACUAUAGACACAUAUAUCGUAAACACUCAAAUUUUAAGAAACUCUGUCAUUAGCCACUUAGACAAAGAAGUAAUCUGGGGAGCCGUACUGAACAUGAAAUCCAAAGCUAUGAAGCCUCAAGAAGACAAUAAACAAAUGAAGUUUAGAGGUAUUAUUUACACAGAUGGUGUUGCCGUAUCCAUCUUGAAGCAGACCUAUGACAGCAAGAAGAAAGGUUCUGGAGGCGGCAUGCGAAAUGAUAAGAAGAUAGAAGAAGACAUUGCUUACAUAGAAAGUCUGUCGCAAGAAAAACUUCAAGAAAGAACUUACAAAAAUAAUUGUGUUUUGAUUGAUCCCGGACGGCGUGAUAUGUUGUUCUGUAUGCACGAAAGCAGUACCGUUGAAAAGAAAAAAACUUACCGCUAUACGAGAAAUCAAAGGAACAUUGAAACAAAAACAAGAAAGUUCAUGAAGCUUUGUGAAAGACUGAAGCCAGAUGCCGUAAGCAAUGUAGAAACAAUUCUUUCACGUUUAAAGUCAUCCACAGUCAUAAAAGAUCAAUACGUAGAAUAUAUAAGACAGAAAGCUACCGUGACUCAAGUUCUUCAGGAAUACUACUCGAAUGAAGACUUGCCUUUAGAAGAACGUAAUACUAAUAUGUUACCAUUUCGAAGGCUAAAACUAUCAAGGUACAUUAAUCGACAGCAAUCUGGCAAACGUCUUUGUAAGAAUAUCAGAAAACGUUUUGGCAACGAUGCUGUUAUUGUUAUUGGUAACUGGUCUGCGGGGAAUGUCAAGUUCCAUGAAGCGAUUAGAGGAGUUGGCAUGAGAAGAAUGCUUCAAAAAGAAGGUUUUCUGGUACAUCUGAUUGAUGAAUUCAAAACAUCCAGUACAUGCCCGGUAUGCAAAAGUGAUGUAGGAACUUUCGAAGAAGUCGUGAACCCAAGGCCCUUUAUAAGGGAAAAAUAUCCAACCGUAAAACGACAUGGUCUUUUAAGGUGUAAAAACGAACAAUGCUUGAAAGAAGGUUGUCGUCUUUGGAACAGGGACUUACUCGCUCCUCUCAACUUUUGUGAGAUUCUCUUUAGUUUACGUGACCACGGUGCAAGACCGAUUUAUUUUCAAAGAUCAGCCAAGCAAACACCAAAAAAACAACAAAAAAGACAAAGAUCUCCUUCUAUUGAAAAUGACAGUAGAAAAAGACAAUAA